CCGAAGCGGCGGCGGCGGCGCGCUGCGGCGGUCUGAAGCGGCGUCCGGCUGCCACGGGCCGGCGGCGCGAUGAGCUGGGCGGCCGCCCCCGGCUCGGGGCUGUGAGGGGCUCGGGGCCGGGGGUGGGUGGCGGCGGCGCGGCGGGCGGCCAGCGCUCCUCCUCGGCGGCGGCGGCGGCCAUGCGCGGGGCGGCGCGGCCGGGGCCGCGGGGCCGGGGCCGCCUCCCCGGGACCCGCGGCCUCAGGGCCCCGCCGCCGCCGCUGCUGCUCCUGCUCGCGCUGCUGCCGCUGCUACCCGCACCCGGCGCCGCCGCCGCCCCGGCCCCGCGGCCUCCCGCGCUGUCGCCCGCGACCGCGGGGCCCAGCGUGAGCCUCUACCUGAGCGAGGACGAGGUGCGCCGGCUCAUCGGUCUUGAUGCAGAACUUUAUUAUGUGAGAAAUGACCUUAUUAGUCACUAUGCUCUAUCCUUUAACCUGUUAGUACCCAGUGAGACAAAUUUCCUGCACUUCACUUGGCAUGCAAAGUCCAAGGUUGAAUAUAAGCUGGGAUUCCAAGUAGACAAUUUUGUGGCUAUGGACAUGCCCCAGGUCAACAUUUCUGCUCAGGGGGAAGUUCCACGCACUUUAUCAGUGUUUCGGGUCGAGCUUUCCUGUACUGGCAAAGUAGAUUCUGAGGUUAUGAUACUAAUGCAGCUCAACUUGACAGUAAAUUCUUCAAAAAACUUUACAGUCUUAAACUUUAAACGAAGGAAAAUGUGCUACAAAAAACUUGAAGAAGUAAAAACUUCAGCCUUGGACAAAAACACUAGCAGAACUAUUUAUGAUCCUGUACAUGCAGCUCCAACCACUUCUACACGUGUGUUUUAUAUCAGCGUGGGGGUUUGCUGUGCAGUAAUAUUUCUUGUAGCAAUAAUAUUAGCUGUUUUGCACCUUCAUAGUAUGAAAAGAAUUGAACUGGAUGACAGCAUCAGUGCCAGCAGUAGCUCCCAAGGGCUGUCUCAGCCAUCUACCCAGACGACUCAAUAUCUGAGAGCCGACACACCCAACAAUGCAACUCCUAUCACCAGCUCCUCAGGUUAUCCUACCCUGCGGAUAGAGAAGAAUGACCUGAGAAGUGUCACUCUUUUGGAGGCCAAAGCUAAGGUGAAGGAUAUAGCAAUAUCCAGGGAGAGGAUAACUUUAAAAGAUGUACUCCAAGAAGGUACUUUUGGGCGUAUUUUCCAUGGGAUUUUAGUAGAUGAAAAAGAUCCAAAUAAAGAAAAACAAGCAUUUGUAAAAACAGUUAAAGAUCAAGCUUCUGAAAUUCAGGUGACAAUGAUGCUCACUGAAAGUUGUAAGCUACGAGGUCUUCAUCACAGAAACCUUCUUCCUAUUACGCAUGUGUGUAUAGAAGACGGAGAAAAACCCAUGGUGAUACUGCCUUACAUGAAUUGGGGGAACCUUAAAUUGUUUUUACGGCAGUGCAAAUUAGUAGAGGCCAAUAAUCCACAGGCAAUUUCUCAACAAGACCUGGUACACAUGGCUAUUCAGAUUGCCUGUGGAAUGAGCUAUCUGGCCAGAAGGGAAGUUAUCCACAAAGACCUGGCUGCUAGGAACUGUGUCAUUGAUGACACACUCCAAGUUAAGAUCACAGACAAUGCCCUCUCCAGAGAUUUGUUCCCCAUGGACUAUCACUGUCUGGGGGACAACGAAAACAGGCCAGUUCGGUGGAUGGCUCUGGAAAGUCUGGUUAAUAAUGAGUUCUCCAGUGCUAGUGAUGUGUGGGCCUUCGGAGUGACACUGUGGGAGCUCAUGACUCUGGGCCAGACGCCCUAUGUGGACAUUGAUCCCUUUGAGAUGGCCGCAUACCUGAAAGAUGGUUACCGAAUAGCCCAGCCAAUCAACUGUCCUGAUGAGCUAUUUGCUGUGAUGGCUUGUUGCUGGGCCUUAGACCCGGAGGAGAGGCCCAAGUUCCAGCAGCUGGUACAGUGUCUCACGGAGUUCCACGCAGCCCUGGGGGCCUAUGUCUGACUCUCCUCUCACAGUCCCAUGGCAUCAGGAGCACGGUGCCUGUCGGGGCUCCCUUGGAACCAGUCAUGGAUGCUUUGUACGUCACGCAACACCAGCAGAAGCACAUAUGUCUUCCGGAACACCGUGCCUUAGGAAUGCUUUAGAAUCUGAACUUCUAAAGAGAGACUUAAUAAUGUGGAAUAUUUUCUAGAUAUCAUUUUUAUUAGGUUGAACUGGAAAGGUUUUUGUAAAUUUUCUGGCCCAAAAUUUUUUAAAACAUAGUUACUUUGGACUAGGGGUACAUUCUUACAAAAUAAACAGUUUUAAAAAUUGUUUAAACACAGAUACCUGGAAUAGCUAUCUUAGUGCCAACUGCUUUUUUAUUUUUUUACUUCAUCAAGGUAAUGUAGGUGAGUCACCUUUAAAGUUUUUUUUUUUAAUAUUUAUCACUAGUCUUGGGAAUGGUUUGUCUUCAGAAUACAUUACUUUUUCUUAGGAAAAGGAAAACAGCAUAAAAAGAUGUCUGGUUUGCCUUGUAUAGGAAAAGGCAAUAUUGGAGGAAGAAAACUUAAAAGCUAGGGGACAAAAAUUUUAAAAAACCCUUAGAAACAGAAACUAUCCUUUUGUGGGAAACUGUUUCUUUUUUAUUAAUGAAAAUUAUUUCUGCUUUCUUAUUUUGGGGGAAGUAGAAGCUGAAUUCAUUGAAACACUUAAAUUUUCCAUGACCAGAAGUAUGCUUCAGGCAGGUUAGUCAGUAGUAAACAAUAGUGAUUUUAUUUAUUUUUUACUCUCUGGGAAAGGAGAUAACACUAUUCCAGAAAGUGAAAUCAUGUUUCUAAGGUUAAGAAUCCCUUUUAUUGCACCUAGAAUAGUGCUAUGCACAGAGGCGGUGCUUCAGUUGUUCUGGGUAGUGUAAAAAAAAACCAAAAAAGUAAACUGGUAAAUUUUGUGCUUCAAGGCUGACUUAAGUAUAAAGUUGUUUCUUAAAACACUUGAAAAAUUAAAGGAUUUGUUUUAUAAUAGUAUUGAAAAUAUUGUUCAUAAUGAAUGAUUGGUUGUGUUUGGUAAGUCUUUGAACAUGUGCCAUCUAGAUAGAUACCCAUGUAAUCAGGCUCCUAAGCCCUAACACAGUUGCAGCUGACUCUACUUAACCUCCAAGUUCUAACAAUUUGGGAUCAUUAUUACAAGGAAAUAUUACAACUUUGAAACUUUUCUCCAGAGCCAUUAAGUGAGGGAUAUGUAUGUGUUUAUGCUUGGUUGUAGUUGACCUAAGGCAGAGUUGAAUGAGCCUCCUAAAUAGUUAGGCCUACCGGUGCCUGCCUCUACUCCCGUCCUCAUAGGUAUAUUAGGAAGAAUGCACAGCAGUUGGAGCCUUUGCCAUUAUUAAAGAAGUUUUGUGAAUCAGCACAUCUGGAAAAAUAGCUCACACCACACAUGCUCUGUCAAAAGCAAGCCAAGAACAUGAUUUUUCUGAGUACCACUUAUUAAUAACACUGGUUCUUUGAUUUUAUGAAAUACUCAGCCCCCUGAAUGUCCAGUUUUCUAAAAGCUCUUUGAACUCUUUGUAAGUUAUAAGUGUUUUUGUUCACAACCUGUAAUCUUAGAAGGCAUUCAGUCAACAAAUAUUUAUUUGGUUCUUAUAUGUAUUAUGCACAUAGAAUGGUUCAACUCUAGCAUCCCUUCCAGCAUUCAGUGCAUUCUGUUUUGUGUUCAGGUUAUUGCAUUGUUGAGAUAUCACAGUUCUUUGUAUAAGAUCAGUUCAAAAGAAAAAGUGCUGACAUCUUUGAUCCCAAAUUAGCAGUUGCUCUCAGAGGUGCUCUCAGUUUGCUGGGAUGUGUGAUGCCUUUAACCUUAUCUUUUUGUGUUUGUAAGCUGUUUCAUUUUAUGUAUGUGCAUUUGUUUUAGUAGGUGGUUUAAGACUUUAAAUAGAUUUUUCUUGCUGAGCUACUUGGAGUCAUUGACUUCAAUGAAAAGGGCAGUUAUAAGAUUUCUGUGGCUGGUCUUCUUCCAAUUGUUCUGUUGUAGGGUGUGAAUAUUACUGAAGAGAUUUUGCAGAAAAUAUACUUUUUAUAGGAAAGAAGCAAAUUAACAAGGCACUGAUGUGGUAUUACAAGCUGGCUCUAAUGACCUAGAGCUCUAUUGCAGUCUGUCCUUUCUUCUAACACCCGCAUUGUAAGAAAAUUUUAUUUGUAGAAGUAAGGAAGAUUGGGUUAUUCAUUCAAUACAUGUGUAUUUAUUGAGUGCCCACUGUUUGUCUGGCUCUCAAGAUAUGCAGGGAAUAGGAGAGAUGAGGUUCCUCCAUUUCUAGGUUUUACAUUCUGGUUGGGAGAAGCAGAUAAUGAACAUAAGUAAGAUUUUGGUAAGUGCUAUGAAAAACAAGAACAGUAUCAUAGAAAAGAACUUUAGGUGUAAUAUUUAGCUAGGCUUCUCUGAGCAGGUGGCAUCUGAGCUGAGAUCUGAAUGACAAAAGGCCAGCUAUGAGAAGAUCUAGGCUGAAGGGACACAAUUGCAGGGACCUUAAAGCAGGAAUGAGCUGCCCUCUAGACUUGGCCCUACCUGCUCAUCUUCCAGCUACUGCUGCCGAAGAAGAGGACAGGCCAGUGUGGCUAGAAUGUAGUUAGGGAUGGAAGGGUACCAGAUGAGGUCUGGCAGACACAGGAACAGAGAGCAGCAGGGCCUUGUAAGCCACGGGGGCACAUAUUUUAUUCUAAAUAAAAUGGAAUUUUUCAUUCAAGGAUUUUUUUAAAUAAGGGAGUGAUAUGAUCUGACUUGUCAUUUAAAAAAUAUUAUGCCAGGUCUUUUGUAAAGAUUGAGUUUUAGGGAGGCAAGGGGGAAAGUAAUAAGACUCUUUAAGAAACUGUUGCUUAGUUUAGGAAAGAAGAGACAGUGGUUUUGGACCAAUUUGGGUAGUAUGGGUGAUUGGAAGGGGCAGAUUGGAGACAUGUUUUGAAGGUAACAGACAGGACCUAGAUCCUUUGGAUGUUGGAGGGUUGGGUAGAGAAUGAAAGAGAGUAGUCAGGGAUAACUAGUUCGUUUGGGGCUUGGGCAUCUGGUUGUAUGGCCAAACUAUAUAUGGAAAUGGAAAAACUUUAGAAGGAACAUGAUUUUGCUUUGGCAGAUGGAAUGAAUCAGUUAUCUGUUGUAGGCCAUGUUUGAGGUGCCAGUUGGUUAUCUAAGUAGACAGAUGAGAGUCUGCAGCUCAGGGAAGAGUUCUCAUUGAACAUACUAAUGUAGGAGUGUGCCAUGUAGACUAUAUAUUUAGAGUCAUGGUAUUGGAUAAACUUACCUCUGGAGAGAGUUUAGAUGGAUGGAGGUUUUAGGACUGAGUCUUACACUCUCUCAACAUUUAACACUCUAGUGAAGGAAGAAGAGAUACCAAAAAAAGGACUGAGAAGAAGCCACUGUAGUUGGAAACAGCAACAACAAAAAAAGGAAAAUGAGGUGUCGUGGGAGCCCAGGAAAGUAAGUAUUUCAAAAUGGAGAAAGAAGCCUCUAUGGGAUUUGGCAAUAUGGAGGUUAUUGACAAAAGCAGUAGGGAUUGGAGCAAGCUGAAGUAUGAAUACAAUGUGGGAAAGUGGAGACCCUGCUAUAGUCAGCACUAUUGAAGAGUUCUGCUGUGAAGGGAAAUGGAGCAGUUAACUACAGGAGAUCAAAGAAGUAUUUGGGGUGUGGGUUGGAGGACUGGGAGGAAUGCAUGUUUGUUUUCCAGGUAAAGAUACAGUACUGCAAAAUGUUCCACAGGCUAAUGGGAAUGAUCCAAUAAAGGGAAGAAAUCCCUUUGCAGUAUGGGACACUCUUUUUUCUUGUCAUUUGAUCUACAAGCAUGAAAGACUCUACUCCAGCCCCCAGGCCCUUUGAUUGUGGUAAAGGCUGUAUUUUUGGCAGGGGAAAUGUGAAGGGGCGGGGAAGGAGUACACAGAAUUUUAAAUGUUUCCAUUAUUUGAAAAUCAGCUUCUGUUGAGUUCACUUCCUUAGGGCUUCAGACCCAACAUGGUCAUCUUGCUUGCCGCCAUCAUCUUUUGCCCCAUCGCCUCCAUAACUUCUGGACUGGCCUUGGCCCUUAACCCACCCAGCCAGCCAGUCUCUGCUAGAGUAAUGCUUCCUCCUAGCAUAGAGCUGCUGUCCCUGCUUAGACCCUUAACACUUUCCCAAAGCCUUCAGGAUAGAGUUCCCAACUCCCAGGUACACAAAAUCAACCGCUCUGCUCUGCAGUUUCACCUCUUCUUCACCAACUCACAGCUUCCUGCCUGCAUGCGUUGUGUCAUUUCAUGUGUCCUUUCCUUUGAAUGUGCUGCUCCUCUCAGAGUGCCACACUCCAGUCCAGAUCGCCCAGGAGACCGAUCUGACACCUUACCCUGCUCCUCCAGGCUUUGUAGUUGCUUUACAGCCUUGUUCCUAGGUUUGCACUCUGACAAAGGUAAGAUGCAGGCUUAUUUUUACCACUUGACUGUGCAUUCCUUGAGGAUAGCAGUUUGCAUGUCAUUCACGUCUGAAUCUCAUUUGCUUAAUUAGUGCUUGACACAUGGCAGGGUUGAAUAUUUAAUGAAUUGAGUAAAAAUAACUAUUUACACAAGAACAAUUUGGCUUAAAAAAAAGUCUGCUGAUUCUUUAAAAGCAUUAUCUCUUAUUUAAAAUACUGUGUUAUCAAUGUGAUGUUUAUAUUCAACUUCGAAGAGUUUAAGUUUUAUGUAAUAUAAACCAAUACAGCAUGAAAUAAAGAGACAGAUUGGUAGGGAAGACUAUAUCCCACCCCAGUGGUGGCUUAAAAGCACCCUCCUCCCCAAUCCCUUGCCCACCUUUUCCCUUCAUUUUCCCUGCUUUUUCUUUGGUCACAGGAAUAAUUAACCCAAUGGCAUAUUGUUUUACAGGUCCACAAGGUCAGCUUUAUUUGGAGUUGUAUAUGAAAAUAAUUACCCCAAAUGAAGUAAUUCAUUGACUUUAGUGGGAGAAUGUUUUCCAGGUCUGCCCCUUACCCUCACCUCAUAGAAUAAAAAGGUGGUGAUAUAAUUUAUGGGGCUAGAAAGGAAAAAUACAGAUAGUUGCUUAUUAAGUUAAUUUUUGUUUCUACAUUCAUUUUUGUGCUUAGGAUAACAUUGAACUUAAUGCUUUGGGACACAUGAACAUCGUACAUAAGUGUAUUGAGUACAUACAUUUUAUAUAUAAGUAAACUGAAUCUGCAGGCCUCUGUUUGCUCUCUGAGUGCUGUUCUUUAAGAGCUUAAUGGGAAAUGUCUCUUAACCCUUCAAAGAACAGAUGUUAGAAACUUAUUUAAAAAAAAAAAGAAAUGGAAAUUGAUAUUUGAAAUUAUUCUUUGAGCAAAUGAUAGUAUGCCAUUUGUUCAUACUUGGUUUAUCCCACAUUUUAAAACUAAAGCAUUUCUUAGUGAUUUAUUUUUAGAGAGGGAUUAAGCACUCCCGUGGGGAUAUAUCAAGCUUGAGGAAAACAUGUAUAGUUUGAAAAUAAAAUAACUAUUUUUUAAAAAAAAAAGAAAGCUGACUUCGUGGUGCCUGAAUGUUACAUUUGAAAUCAACUUUUUUGCAUCUUUCUGAGUCUACUUUUUUGCCUUUUGCCUUCUUGGCUUCAAGAAUAAGCACAGGCUAAUAUUAGAUAGGCAUGCAUCAUGAGGGAUAGCAUUUGGCUAGAAGUGAUAGAAAUCUAACUAUAAUCACUUAACCAAAUAAGAGGUUUAUUUCUCUCCCAUUACAAAUCCAGAAAGAGGUAAACCAGGUCUGGUAUAGUGAUUCCAGGGUAUCAUCAUCCAUUACCUGGUCUCCUCCAUUUUUGCUGCUCUGCCAUCUUUAGCAUGCUUUUGCUUUCAGGGACCACCCCCCCAAGACCUAGACCUAGGAAGAGGGGAAAAGGAUGAAAAGCAGAAGGUAUGAGUAGCUAAGUCCUUUUUAUGAGACUAUUAGCUUUCUCAUAGUGUAUUUCCACCAACAUCUUACUGGCCAGAACUAUAGUACAUGGGCAGCAGUUAGGCAUUGUGGGAAAUUAGAUUUUAUUGGGCUUUUUUUCAACAGCUUUAUUGAGAUAUAAUUCACGUAUCACCCAUUUAAAGUGUACAAUUUAACGAUUUUCACUAUAUCCACAAUCGAAUUCAUUUUUAGCAUUCCAAACAGAACCCCAUAUCCAUUAGCAUUACCCACUCCCAGCCCUAGGCAACUACUAAUCUACUUUCUAUUUCUACAUUUGCCUAUUCUGGACCUCUUAUGUAAGUGGAAUCAUAAAAUAUGUGGCCUUUUGUGUGUAGCUUCUUUUACUUAGUGUUUUUGAGGUUCAUGUCAUAGCAUGUAUCAGUACUUCAUUCCUUUUUAUUGCCGAAUAAUAUUCCAUUGUACGGAUAUAUUCUAUUCAUCAUUGUAUGGAUAUAUACUAUUCAUUUGUGAGUUUAUGAAUAUUUGAGGAAAUUGUUUUUUUAGUUGAGCAUAUUCUUACCCUGAGCAAAACUGGGUUUGCAUUAGUAAGGAAGUACCAUCUAGUUGCUGAUGGGCAGCCAGCAAUGUCUGUCUCUGUGCAGAAAUGGAGUAAUGGACUGGAGUCUGGUCUCCUGUAGCAAUAUCGUUAAUGCUUCAGCAGUUCUGUCAAGUAUGAGAGGAAGUGCAGUGAUUGUGAAGUUUUAAUGAAUGGAGGGAAUGCCCAGUCAGCUGCUUUUAAGGUUGACGAGGACUGCCGUGUUUGAGGAGAAAGCCUGAUAGGGAUUAUUACCUAAACUUUUAGCCUCUAAGUCUGUGUCCUGAAAACCUACUAUUCCCUGGUGAUUGCUGUUACUUUGGUCUCUGGCUCUACUGUUUUUCAUCAGUCCAUAAUUCUGCCACCACUUUAUAGAUUUGAGCUUGCAAGGAUAUUUAUUUCUCCUCAGUAUUUGGCCUGCAGUAUCUCCUACCAAGUGCCUUUCCUCUAGCUUCAUGGUCUGAUUACCUAGGGCCUUUGGAAGUAAGCCAGAGAUUGGCUAUAUGUUUCCAUAAAAAGUCUUAUUAAAAGAGCUUAAAUAAACAUUUAUUUAUUUAAUGCUAUAUCACCUGAAUCUAUUGAACUAUAUUUCUAUGCCUUUAUUUAGUGUAUUUGCGUUCAUAUAAGGUUUGUUAAUUUUUGAAGUUGAACUGUUUGGCCACCGCAUUAUUCAGUAUACACCUAAAGAAUGCCCUAGAAGUUGUCUAUAUAAGUCAGGGAACAGGAUACUCUGGAUACUCUGAUAGAUUUGAGGAAUUGGUCAUAGGUCCUGGCCCCAGAAAAGCACCAGAAUUAGUAUUUUGAAUAAAGUUCCUUUAACUCUGA